GGUCCGUGGCCAUUAUAAAGGUUGCCUGCCUAGGCGCCCACUCCUCCCCUCCCUUGCCACCACCCCUCACCACCAGAGCCGAGCGCCAGGGAGUUGAGCUCGCUGCUCACAGCUCCAGCUCCACGCGACGAGCUCCGCUGAAGCUAGCUAGCUGCUCCGCCUCUAGUCUAGGUUCGCUCGCCAUGGCGUCAGGGGAAGCAGAGACGCUGCAGUACACGACCACCGUGCUGCGGGUGUCCAUCCACUGCGAGGGAUGCAAGAAGAAGGUCAAGAAGGUGCUCCACAACAUCGAAGGAGUGUACAAGGUGACGGUGGACGCGGCGCAGCACAAGGUGACCGUCACCGCCAGCGUCGGCGCCGACGCGCUCAUCAGGCGCCUGCACAAGGCCGGCAAGCAGGCCGCGCUGUGGCCGGCUCCGGCCCCGUCCCCGGUCGUCGAGGCGGCCAAGAAGUCUGAGGAGGUCGCCCCGUCGCCGCCAGCAGCAGCCGGGGAGGGCGACAAGGUCAAGGAAGGGGCGGGCAAGGAGGACGCGAAGCCGAAGGAGUCGGCCAAGGACAAGAAGCAGCCUGAAGCCGAGGGCAAGGACACGAAGCCCGACAAGCCCGAGGCCAAGAAGGACGUCGAGGCCACUGCGCCGAAGGAGAAGGGCCCCCCUGAGCCGGCGAAGGAAUCCGCCGCCGCCGCCGAGGAGGCGGGCGGUGAGGAGCCUGGCAGCGGCAAGAAGGGCAAGAAGAAGAAGAACAAGCAGAAGGACGGCGGCGAGGCUGAGGCCGCGGCGGCGGAGAAGACGCCGCAGCCGUCGGUGCCGGUGCCGUUGCCGGCCCCGGCGCCCGCGCCCGCGCCCGCGCUGGGUCCGGAGCGCCCGCCCGGCGGGUUCCCGUACUACGUGGCGCAGCCGGUGAUGAGCUACAACGUGGCGCACCCGAGCUCCAGCGUGUCGUACUACGCGCCCACGCCGGUUGGGCCAAUGCCGACACCGCCGCCCUACGGGUACCCGCCGAUGGUGCCGCCGCCGAUGCCGGAGUUCCUGUACGGCCCGCCGGGCAUCCGGUCUUCCCCGCCGCAGGAGUCGUACAACAUGUUCAACGAGGAGAACGCCAACUCGUGCAGCGUCAUGUGACCUCCCCGCCGCCGCCGCCGCCGCCGCGCCGGACUCCGGUCGUUGGGCGGUCCCACCCGCUGCGCGCUGCACGGCGUCGAGUUGUAGUUAGAGAGAGAGGCUGCUUUCGUAAUAGAGAGAGGCUGCUUUCGUAAUAGAGAGAGUCUUCCCUUGUGGAUCUUCCCUUGUGGAUCGUGGUAGAGAGUGCUAAGCUCCUCUUGAGUCUUGACCAGAAUUUUUUCUCUCCCCUUAUAAACUAUAAAUUGCUCUUAGUGCAUGCACCAUGUAAUCAGAUGAUCAUAUUCUAUUACCACUAGUUGCAAUGUGUAUUUCUGCUAGUAAUUUUCUGUUAA